AUGUCAAAUCUCGAAGAACUUGACUUACAUCUUGUAGUGUAUUGUGAGAAAAGAUUUAUUGAUGGUUAUGAUUUGAAAUACAAUAUUAUCAAUAAUUUAUUACGAUUAAAUAAAUUUAUAUUUAACAUACGAUCACGUCUGUCUCUAAACGAUAAAAUUUAUUUAUCUUCAAAUGAAGAUUGUCAACUUUCAUUUAAUGGUUUUAAAAAUAAUAAAAUUAUUUCAUGUGUUGAUUAUUUCUCAAAUCGCAAACAAGGUCAAUGUCAUAUUUAUUCAUAUCCAUAUCAAGCAACACGGUAUGAUUCUAUUACAAAUAAUUUUCCAGAUGGAUUAUUUAAAUGUGUUCACAAAGUCUCAUUAUAUGACGAACGUCCUUUCGAAUAUGAAUUCUUUUUGAAAAUUGCUAAAUCUUUUCCAUUUAUGAGAAAAUUAACUGUAAACAAUGAUAAACCACAGAAGAACAAAUUUGAUGAACAAUCAAAAGAUGAUAAUCGACAUUUAUCAAUCAUUCAAUAUCCUUAUCUUACUCAUCUUGAUCUGGAUUUUGCUCAUGAAGAUUAUGUCGAACAAUUUCUACUGGAUACAAAAACAUAUUUACCAGCAAGAUUCAAACUGGAAGUCGACUAUCAAUCUAUUGAAAAGGUGACACACAAUUUUACAAGAGAUGCAACUCGAAACAAUUGUGCCAAAUUGAUUUUUUUAUAUGUACCUUCUGAAAUUCCAAUUCGACAACAGCUGAAAGACUAUUUUCCUUAUACGAUAAUUGAUUCUUGA